AUGUGCUGUGAAGGAUGUUGGACAGAAGAGAAACAAGCACUUUUGGGCCUAAGUUCCCUUUUCUACGAUCCUUUUUCCAUCACUUCCUCAUGGAAUGCCUACACAGAUUGUUGUGAAUGGGAAGGAGUGCACUGCAAUUCCUCCACAGGGAGAAUACUCCAUCUUUCUUUUGACGGCCGGAAGUCAACACAACAAUAUAUAAAUUACUCUGAUUUUUCUGUCUUCAAAGAUUUGAAGAAGCUCUUCUUGCCAUCUAAUAUAGUUGGUUGUGUUGGGGAUGCAGGUUUAUGGUCAAUAUUAAGGAAUCUUGAGAUCCUUGACUUGUCCUUUAACAACUGCAGCCAAAUUGAUAUUGGCUCUGCUCUCAGUGGAUCCCUCAAGUCUUUAUAUUUGGGAGAAAGUGAAUUGAGUUGGAGAUCAAUUUAUAAUAUUUCAAAAUUGAGUUCUUUGGAGGUCCUUGACUUAAGCUGGAACUACUUGAACGAGUCUGAGAGUAUAUUGGGGUCUUUGAAAGAGAAUGAGACAUUUAAAUGGCCAACCAAUUUACAAGAACUAAUCCUCCGAAGUAACAGUUUGAACAACAGAUUUCUUUCAUCUCUGAGUGGACUUCCACAUCUACAGGGUCUUGAUUUAAGCCAAAAUCAAUUAGAAGGAACACUAGAUAUAAGUGGAUUGUUGACUUCAUCCAAUUUGACGCUUAUUUCUCUAAGAAAUAAUAAUAUCCACAAUUUUGUGGCCAAUCAAGGUACAAAAAGUCUCGAUAGAUUGGAUUUUCUUGAUUUAGAUUGGAAUAUGAUAGAUGGAAACAAAUUAAGAGAGUCAUUACGAACUUUAUCAUUAUCCAUUAGAGAACUUUCUAUAUCUUACAAUAACUUGACAGGAACAAUAGCUGAAGAUUUUCAUGAUUUAAGUAACCUACAACAAUUGACAUUGGAUGGGAAUAUUAACAUGAAGAAUAAUUUUUUUGAAAGUAUUGGAAACUUGACAUCCUUAAAAACUUUGUCUGUUUCAUACUGUCAUAUAAAUGACACUCUUCCCGCAGCUGAUUGGUAUAAGAUGAACAAGUUGGAAGAGUUAAAUCUAGAAGGCAAUGGAUUUGAAGGAUAUCUUCCAGGUUCAUUUGUUAACAUGACAUCUCUUCGAAAAUUGGAAAUUUCUCAAAAUAACUUCAUUGGAAGGUUUGACUCUAGUAUUGCAACACUUACAUCACUUGAAUAUUUUGGUUUUAUAGAAAACCAAUUUGAAGUUCCUAUUUCCUUUUUGCCAUUUGCCAAUCAUUCAAACCUUAAAGUCAUCUUAGGUGAAGGCAAUAAAAUCAUAUUGGACUCACAAUACAAUCUGCAUACUUAUGUUCCAAAAUUUCAAUUAAGUAUGCUUAGCUUGUCUUCAAACAUUGAGACUAGUCCUCUUCGGCUUCCCAGAUUUCUUCUUUAUCAAAAAGAUUUAAUUACACUAGAUUUCAGUAAUUUGAAGUUGGAAGCAAGGUUUCCUCAUUGGUUGUUGGAAAACAACACAAAAAUGAUUGAAGUUACUUUUAGAAAUUGUUCUUUGACUGGUACUAUGCAAUUACCAUUGCAUCCCCUUCUUGAGUUACAGAGAAUUGAUGUGUCUGACAAUACCAUAAUUGAUAAAAUUUCAAGCAAGAAUAUGAGUUCAGUCUAUCCAAAUUUGGAAUAUUUAAACAUGUCCAGAAACUACUUCAAAGGUUCAAUUCCUCGUGAGUUUAGCCAAAUGAAGUAUUUGUAUGAGUUGGAUCUUUCAAACAAUCAAUUGUCUGGAAAAGUAUCAUAUGACAUAUUUGAAGCUACACAACGACUCGUUUUGUUGAAACUUUCAAAUAAUAAGUUUGAGGGGCUCAUCUUUACAAUACCCGCUAAUUUGGAGUCAUUAUCAUUGAAUGAUAAUAACUUCUGUGGUGAACUUCCUAGAAACAUUUUUAACACAUCCAUCAUUUCAUUGGACGUAAGCAAUAAUCAUUUGGUAGGAAACAUUCCAAGUCUUUUGACAAAUUUUUCAAGAUUAGAGGAACUUCGUAUGUCUAAUAACCACUUUGAAGGGUUCAUUCCAUCAGAAUUGACACAACUUGAAGAUCUAAGAUAUUUAGAUCUCUCCCAAAAUAAUUUGAUUGGUCUUGUACCAUCAUUUUUAAAUUCUUUUGUGAAAUAUAUCCAUUUGAGCAAUAAUCAUUUAACAGGAUUGUCCAAAAGGAUGUUCAAUGAAAGCUCCCAUUUAGUGAUGUUAGAUCUUAACUAUAAUGAAAUAUCUGGCAACAUUCAAGAUAUGAUGCAAGACCUUAAUUACACAAAGUUGAAUUUUCUCCUUUUAAAAGGUAACCACAUUAAUGGGGAUAUACCUAAGCAAUUAUGUGAGUUGAUAGAUUUAACCAUGUUAGAUCUUUCAGACAAUGAGUUUUCUGGAGAAAUUCCCCAUUGCUUGGGGACAAUGCCUUUUGAUAAUACAAACCUUGAUCCAUUAUUAAAAGCAUCAAAGGGAAGCUUCUUUGUUGAAGGAUAUAGUCAAGCACCAUUACCAUCAGAGCAUAAGAAAGAGAAAGCAAGUUUCACUUCAAAGAGAAGUACUUAUACUUACAUCGGAAGCAUCCUUGGUUACAUGUCUGGAAUUGAUUUAUCCUUAAAUAAAUUAAAAGGAAAUAUUCCAAACGAGCUUGGAAACUUGACAAGAAUCCGAGCAUUGAACUUGUCUCAUAAUGAUUUGAUUGGACAAAUUCCGGAUUCAUUCUCAAAUUUGGUGCAAACAGAGAGUUUAGAUCUUUCUUUUAACAAGUUGAAUGGUCAAAUUCCUCCUAAGCUCAAUGUCCUAACCUCACUUGAAGUAUUAAGUGUGGCACACAACAAUUUAUCAGGCCCAAUACCUGAAUGGACAAACCAAUUUGCCACAUUUGAUGAAAGUAGCUAUGAAGGGAACCCAUUCCUUUGUGGACCUCCACUAAAGAGUUGCAAUCCAUCUUCUACAACUAUUUCAAAUGACUCAAAUAUUAACAAAGAUAAUAGUAGUUUUGUGGACAUGUAUGUCUUUUGUGUGAGCUUUGUUGUAUCAUACACAUUAGCAUUCUUAGCAACCACUGGAGCUCUAUACAUCAAUCCUUACUGGAGGCAAGCAUGGUUUUACUACUUGGAAUUGGUUAGUUUAAAUGGUUACUACUUUAUUGUGGAUAAUUUUUGUAGAUUUUGUAAUGUGUGA